AGCAACGAUAUUGGCUACGUGCUGUACUCGGCGCUGGGCUCGUUCUACAUCCCGAGCUGCAUCAUGGUGUUCGUCUACAUCCGCAUCUACUACGCGGCCAAAGCGCGCGCGCGCCGCGGCAUCCGCAAGCCGCCGCGGCGACCACCGCCCGACGACAAGUGCACCUCCUUCACCACGACGCCCGCCUCGCCCGGCGCCGGCGCAGACACCGAGGCCACGGCUGCCUCCGCCGCCGGUGCCGUGAACGGCGCGUCUCCGCAGCGCGGCCUGGUGGUGCAGGGCGGCGUGACGCUGGAGCAAGGGGGCGGCGGGGGCGGCGGCGGCAUCGCCACGAUCGCGCAGCCCGCCUCGGCGCCCGUCGCCAUCCCCAUCGUGACGUGCGACCUCGCGUCCGACCUCAGCAUCAGCGACAACGCGCCCGACAACGGAGACUCCGCGGCCGACGGCGGCCAGGCCUCUGCCACCUGCUACCUGCAGGCGCCCGCCAAGGACACCCUCAGGGUGUCGCGGCUGUCGGCGUGCCGGCUGAGCGGCUCGACGCUGUCGGUGAACGGCGACGUGGUGGCGCGCUGCCGGGCGCCCAGCGUCGGCAUCGACACCGACCUCGUCAGCGAGUUCGACCCCUCCAGCUCGGACUCGGGCGUCAUCAGCCGCUGCGCCGUCGUCAAGCCGCUCAAGCUGCGCCUCUGCGAGCCCAUCUUCGGCGGCCGCAAGUCCAAAGCGGCGGGCAAGAGGCCAGGCGUCGAGACUGCUACAAUGGCAAAGGAGUAUUUGGUGAAUGUGGUUGCGCCUCAGAAGCCGCGCGACCCCGAGCGCGAGAAGCGCCGCCUGGCCCGGAAGAAGGAGAAGCGCGCCACGCUCAUCCUGGGCCUCAUCAUGGGCUCCUUCAUCGCCUGCUGGCUGCCCUUCUUCUUCCUGUACAUCCUGCUGCCACUGUGUCCCGGCUGCGACAUUCCAGACAGCGCAUUCGCCACCGCUUUCUGGCUCGGCUACACCAACUCAGCGCUCAACCCCGUCAUCUACACCAUCUUCAACAAGGACUUCCGCAGGGCGUUCCGCAGGAUCCUCUUCAAAUGA